AUGGGGGCGGGAAGGGGAGUUGGCGGAGCGUCCGCGGGAGCUCCCGCAGCAGCAGUCGGCGGAAGCCCCGCAACCGCGGGAUCAGGAGCGCGCGCGUCUCCCGCCGCAGCAAACGGCAGCUCUGCUGCUGGCCCCAGCCACAGCGGGGCCGGCGGCGGCGGAGGCGGCGGCGAUGGCGGAGGGGGAAGCGCGCGUGACGGAUCGCACGGGUCGCAUGGUUCGUCGCACUCGCAGGGGUCGUCGUCGCAGAGCAAGUGGCAGGACCAGCUUUCGCGAAUGACGAACAUGAUCUUCGUCGCGAGCCAAGGCGACGUGGACGAAUUAACGAGGCUUUUAGACGAAGGCGCGGACGUCAAUAGCGCGGAUUACGACGGGCGGUCCGCGAUACACCUCGCGGCGUGCGAGGGCCACCUGGGCGUGCUUAAACUGCUGCUGGCGCGCGGCGCGAGAGUCAACCCGCGCGACAGAUGGGGGCACACGCCACUGACAGACGCGCGCAAGGCGAGGCGGGAGGGGAAGAAAGGGCAGUUUUCGGAGAUCAUUCAAGUGCUGUUGAAGCAUGGCGGCAUUGAGGGGGGUGCAGAAGCGGACGACUGGGAGAUAGACCCAUCCGAGCUGGACUUCAGCAAGUCAAAACUUAUCGGCAAGGGUGCGUUCGGUGAAAUCAGGCGGGUCAUGUGGAGAGGCACCCCCGUGGCAGCUAAGACAAUCCUUCCAGGCCUAUCAGAUGACGUGCAAAUCACAAAAGAGUUCCGGGACGAAAUGUUUCUACUGCCCAAGCUGCGUCACCCCAACAUUGUACAGUUCCUGGGGUGCGUCACUCGCCGCCCUCCCCUGUGCCUCGUCACCGAGUAUCUGCCCGGGGGCGAUCUACAUGAUGUGCUCAAGGCCAAGGGCGCCCUGCCGCCCAGAAUAGCGGUGGGAUACGGGCUGGACAUUGCCAGGGGAAUGAACUACCUACACAACCACAAGCCUGAGUCCAUCAUUCAUAGAGACCUCAAACCAAGGAACCUGAUUCGGGAUGAGGGGGAUCACCUAAAGGUGGCGGACUUUGGUUUGAGCAAGCUGGUGAAGGUCAAUGCGCUGCAUGAGAUGUACAAGAUGACUGGGGAGACGGGCAGCUACCGCUACAUGGCGCCAGAGGUGUUCAAGCACCAGGCAUACGACCGCACGGUGGACGUCUACUCUUUCUCCGUUAUCUUCUACGAGAUGUUUGAGGGUCUACCGCCCUUUGCCAAGACCAUGACGCCAGAGGGGGUGGCAUGGAAGGUGGCAAUGGAGGGCAUCAGGCCGCCCUUCAAAUCCAAGGCAUACCCCGAGGGGGUCAAAGAUUUGAUAUCCCGUUGUUGGGCGGCUGACCCCAUGUCACGCCCGUCCUUCAUGGAAGUGAUUGAGGUGCUCGAGGGGGUGGAGAAGGCGCUCCUGCUGCAGGCACAGACAAACAAGCCCGCCCUCUCUCCCUUCUCAGCCUAG